UUACUUAUCUCAUCUCUCUCUCUCUCUGUGUGGUGAAUUUCAUAGCCCAUAUACUCCCACCCCACCCACCACUCCUGAGAUCAUAUAUCAUAAUUGUAGCAUGUUAAGAGUGUCUCCUCCUUAUUGCUCAUCUCUGUCUUCUGCUCUUCCACUGCUAUGCUUCACUCCUGUUCCCUGACAUUCAGAGCCGACAACUACAGCUUCAACUCAAAUGGCGCCGAUUGGGUCAGACGACGGCGGGCCGCCGUCCACCGUUGAGAUGAUCCCCACCAAUGCUCACGACAAACAACCACAGCUCCACCCAACAUCUGCUGUAAAAAAUUGCUCUGACAACAACCAUGAUGAGAAAUCGAGGGGUACACCUAAUAGAGACACCCCAUUUUCUUCAACUGGGGAACGUAAUGGCUCAGAAUUCGCAGUGGUUAGUGAAGUUCCUCUUCCUCUUCCUCCUCCUAGACAAAACAGAGGCAAGAAAGUUUCACUCUUGCCCUUAGUUUUUAUCAUCUUCUACGAAGUAUCGGGAGGGCCAUUUGGUGUGGAGGAUAGCGUGGGGGCAGCGGGCCCCCUUCUUGCUCUUCUUGGGUUCUUGUUGUUCCCACUCAUAUGGAGUGUCCCAGAGGCUCUCAUAACGGCUGAGAUGAGCACAAUGUUCCCUGAAAAUGGUGGAUAUGUGGUGUGGGUUUCUUCUGCUUUGGGCCCUUACUGGGGAUUCCAGCAAGGUUGGAUGAAAUGGCUGAGUGGGGUUAUUGAUAAUGCACUUUAUCCUGUUAUGUUUCUUGAUUAUCUCAAAUCAGAGAUCCCAGCUUUAGGUGGUGGCCUUCCUAGGGUUUCAGCAGUAUUGGGUUUGACUGUGGUGCUCACUUUCUUGAACUAUAGGGGUUUAACUAUUGUGGGAUUCUUUGCUGUUAUCCUUGGGGUGUUCUCAAUUCUUCCCUUUGUGGUUAUGGGGCUGAUUUCUAUUCCCAAGAUAAGGCCUAAAAGAUGGUUAGUAGCAGAUAUUCAUAAUGUAGAUUGGAAUUUAUAUCUCAACACUCUGUUUUGGAACCUUAAUUAUUGGGACUCAAUAAGUACACUAGCAGGGGAAGUGGAAAACCCUAAGAAAACCCUGCCAAGGGCUCUGUUUUUUGCUAUGAUUUUGGUGGUUUUGGGGUACUUCUUCCCGGUUUUAACCGGGACGGGAGCCGUUCCUCUCCAGCGCGAUCAGUGGACCGAUGGGUACUUCUCGGACGUGGCGAAAAUCAUAGGCGGGGCGUGGCUGAGAUGGUGGAUUGAAGGGGCUGCAGCCGUGUCGAACAUAGGGAUGUUCGUGGCCGAGAUGAGCAGCGACUCGUUUCAGCUUCUUGGCAUGGCCGAACGAGGGAUGCUCCCCGAGUUCUUCGCGAGGAGGUCUCGCCAUGGAACCCCACUGAUCGGGAUCCUCUUCUCAGCAUCCGGGGUGAUCAUACUCUCCUGGCUCAGCUUUCAGGAGAUUAUAGCAGCAGAGAAUUUCCUCUACAGCUUUGGAAUGAUACUUGAGUUCAUAGCAUUCAUCUGGCUGAGAAUUAAGCAGCCAAACACCCCGAGACCAUACAAGAUACCCUUUGGCACAAUUGGAGCUUUUCUGAUGUGCAUACCGCCUACCUUGCUUAUAUGCGUCGUCUUGGCGUUCUCUUCGGCUAAAGUUGCAAUCGUAAGCCUCGUUGCAGUCGCCAUCGGGCUGGCAAUGCAGCCGUGUCUUAAGCAUGUCGAGAAGAAAAGAUGGCUCAGAUUUUCGACUAGUUCGGAUCUGCCUGAUAUUCGUCAUACUACACCUCACACCACAACAUCAUUAAUCUGAUCAAACUCAACAUCUUAGUGUAUACACAGUUUGAUAUUGCAAGAAAUCCAGCUCACAAUAGUCUCUGAAACUGAUAUGUUGUUUGCUUUAGUGACAUAGAUGUCUAUUAUCACUAUAAUAGUUUUUCUUUGUAGACUAGUAAUCUUUAACUUGUUUCAAAUGCUCUCUAAGUAUGGUUGUAAAUAGGCAUGGAUAUGAUCAAUUGGUAUGCUAUAAUGCUAUGACUCUUUCUAACAUAA